AUGCCGCCGCCUGCGCGUGUGUGCAUUGCCUGCAAGGCGUCCAAGACCAAGUGCAUCAACUUUGUUCCCGGAAAGCAUCCCUGCGACCGAUGCGCGAGGAUCGGCCUGCGCUGUGAGCCGGCGCCACAACUUGGCAUGCGGGUCGCCCGCAAGGCCCUGGGCGCGACUUUGCAGGCUAUGCUCGAGGACCCUUCGCCGCUCGGGCCCCCAGGCCAGCCCGUCGUGGAGUUCAACGGGUCCGCCGUCUUUGAUGCGGGCGCUCCUCGCACGCCCGGCGAACAGCAGGUCAUGAGGCUCGCGUCGGACGGCAUCGCGAUGCGCGCCUUCCAGCAGCUGCCGGGCACCAACAUCCAGGGCGCGAGGAACGUGCUCGCAGUCAUGCUCGAGCCGGGCACGUCGCGCUCCUCGAUCCGCUUCACCCUCAAGCCGCUCGCCGCGAUUGCGCGCCGCCGCAACGCCUACGAGCUCAUGGCGCGCGGCGGACGGCGGGGAGGGGGGCGGCCCUCCGGAGUCGGCACUGAGGGGGGAGGCGGCACCACUGUGCUGCCGCUCGACGAGGCGGUGCCGCUGCCCCCAUUCGACGGCUCGCUUCCGCCCCUCUUCGAGAACCUGAUGGCGAACUCCGAGGGCUACGUCUUCCUCCGCACGAUCCGAGACGGCGAGGCGCACUUCCUCGUCAACUCCGCCUUCGAGCGCUCCAUCGUCUCCGUGCGGGAGAUGCAGCAGGCGUGGAAGAGCAGCCAGGCGCCGCAAGAGAAGAGAAGAGAUGCAGCGGGCGUGGUCGAGAUCAACGCGCUCUUCACGCACCCGGAGGACCUGCAGUCUGUCUACCGCAUGAUUGGCCAGCUCUAUCGCCAGUGCCAGGAAGACGUCGUCGCCCAGGCGCAGUGCGAGAGGCCCGUGCGCGUGUAUGACCGGCUCGCCGGCUCGUACUCCUUCUUCGACGUGUCCGGAAGGCUGCUCGUGGAUUGGGACGGCCGCAUCGUCACCAGCGUCAGGGCCGACGCGGCGAGCCACCCACUCGCGGCGCCGACCGCCGUGGCGGCGCCGACCGCUCUCACGGCGCCCAAUGGUUUCGUCGCCCCGUCACCGCCGAACCCGCUCGCCGGGCGCCCGCCUGCGGCAGCCCACGCCGAGGCUGUUGCGCUGUGGGACGCCCUCCGCGCGGAGCUGCCGCUCGCGGAGCUCGCCAGCAGCGCCGGGUAG